AUGAUGCAGCUCCUAGUGGCCUUUCUCAAGAAGCACAAAUACACAUAUUCGGAGGCCGAAAACGGCCUUGCAGCAUUACAAGCAUACCAAAAUCCUAACCUUCGCCACGACUUCAUCCUGAUGGAUAUGUCUAUGCCGGUGAUGGAUGGGAUGACAGCCACACGGGCCAUCCGGCAAUACGAACAAGCAUACAACGUACCAAGGUGCUGUAUCAUUGUACUGACGGGCCUGGCAUCCAGCAGCGCAAGGCUAGAAGCAUGGAGCUCGGGUAUCGAUCAAUACCUCACCAAACCAGUCAACUUUCAGAAGCUGGCUGAGAUUCUAGGACAGGAGAAAGAAAGAAGAUUCAGCGUAGAAGAUGCAAAGCGCGACGCAUAG